AUUCAGUAAUCGGUGUGGUUAGACGGUCGGUUGCCAAUCCACCGAACAAUGCAAAUGCAAAUAAGGAAAGCCCUGGCAGUCCUAGAGCGAGAGUGGAGGGAAAAAAAAUGGAGUAUAGGAUAAUAAAAAAGACAGACACAAAACGGAGAUUGAGGCGGCAAGAAUCACAAUCGAUGGACGAAGAGUCCCUAGCUAGCAUUGAUCUUGAAGUCAGCGAGUCCAUGCCCCCUGCCACCUCGCCACAAGGGGCCGUCCUAGCUGCCUUACGCCUGCGCAGUCUGGUCUUAAGGUUAGAGAGGGAGGAGAUAUCGAAGAAGUACCUCAAAGAGAACUUGGAGUAUGCAGCCUCUGUCCUAGAUACCCUCAAGCAAGAUGAAGCAAGUAGAUAUCAUUAUCACGAAGAGGAGGACGACCUCUCAGAGGUGACGUCAGAUGAGGUACCGGAGCAGGUACGACACUGGUUGACCUCGACGUUCAGUCGGCAGUCGACCAAGUCAAGACUAGGGGAUGAGAAACCUCGGUUCAGGAGUAUCGUCCAGGCCUUAAGAACGGGACUAUUCAUAGACCGAAUGUUCCGGAGAACAUCUGCAACAGCGGGAACAGUCUUACCGGCAAAGGUCAUUCAAAUAUUCAAGGACGAUUGGUCAUUCGACAUAUUUUUACUGGAUACAGAGACCGAUGGCCACGCCCUCAAAUUCCUAGCAACGGAGGUUUUAUCACGCUACGAUCUCCAAACCAAAUUCAAGAUUCCUCAUUCUGUACUCGGUGCUUUCUUGGACGCUAUGGAACUUGGUUACAGCAAGUACGGCAACCCCUAUCACAACCUCCUCCAUGCGGCUGACGUCACACAGACAGUACAUCAUAUGUUAGCACGGAUGGGACUUGUGCACUGGCUGUCUGACUUAGAGAUCUUCGCUUCACUUCUAGCAGCAAUAAUUCACGACUUUGAACACACGGGUACUACAAAUGCAUUCCAUGUCAACACCAAAUCUGACAUGGCAAUGUUCUACAAUGACCGAGCAGUGUUAGAGAACCAUCACAUAAGCAGCUCUUUUCGUCUCAUGAGAGAUGAUGAAAGGAAUAUCCUUGCUAACCUCUCCAAAGAAGAGUACACGGAGCUUCGAAACCUGGUAAUUGACAUGGUUCUAGCCACGGACAUGUCGUUCCAUUUCCAGCAGAUCAAGCAGAUGAAAUCAAUGAUCUCGACGACAGAGGCAUUGGACAAACCCAAAGUGAUGGCUCUUACUCUCCAUUGUGCAGACAUCAGUCAUCCAAGCAAGGAAUGGAAGUUCCAUUACAAAUGGACUACGUUACUUAUACGCGAGUUCUUCAGGCAGGGUGACAGAGAAAGAGAAAUGGGCUUGCCAAUUUCACCACUCUGCGACAGGAAUUCCACACUCCUAGCUGAAUCACAAAUUGGUUUCAUCGAUUUCAUCGUGGACCCAAGUAUGAACAUAUGUGGUGAUAUGAUAGAUCGGAUACUAAGGGAAGAGCUUAAUUCCGCCUCAAACUCUCCAUCAGCAGACAGCGUAGUGCGGAAUAAGAGGAACUCUAUACCCAUGGCGCGGCCCUGCUCUGCACCCAGAUCUGCAAGUGUUCCCGCACCAGCUAAUAACAACUCAAUGAACGAUCGUGAUAGGCCCAGUAGCCCAGGAAGGGUCAGUAUAGGUAGACGAAAUUCUAUCCCGGUACGGUGUCUUCGAAGCUGGCACGAAAACCUACACAAAAACAAGUCCAAGUGGAGGGACCUUGGACAGCAAGAGCACACCGGAGUCAAGGUCUUGGACAUUGACGAGGACCCGAUCGUUCAGAAACCAAACAAAGAUGUCUUCCAUAAAAGCGACACGAACGACGACAGCGCAGCCCGCAAGACCAGCAACGCCAACGGCAUCGAGGAAGAAGAAGCGCCUCAUGAUCAGGCCACUACUUCCGGGUCAACGGCUGGGGCGGCCGAGUCGUCGGGGUCUGCGCAUGCGCCGGGUCGUCAGGGAUCGGGGGAGAGAUGAGAGGGUGUAUGUUACAUAAAGAUCAAACAAGAGAAAAGGGUCAAUUAAUGGACGGACAUUAAUAAAACAUUAUGUCCAUGCUGACCUAGCAAACAGUCAACACAUGAUCAGGAGACGAAAAGACGUCAUCAACUAUCCAGAUUUAGAUCAGUCCCAUUCCGAUGCUAUGAUAUAUUCUGAUGUGCUAUCUCAGUCGAGGGAGUUAGAUGAACUGUUACGGGGGUAUGCAUGACCCAAGAACGUCGAGAAUUUGAGAUGACUGUCACAAUGAUGAUCUGACUCCUGCUAAUUAUUGGUUGCUGUAUUCCAUCGUAUAAAUGCCACCUUUAAAUCUGAAAAGAUCCG